AUGUCAAAACCGGUCAUUGAUGCCAACAUAAUGCACGUCGCGAACAAGCGGCUCGAUUACACAGCAUUUCAGGCGCUCUGGAUCCCGGGGACGACGAAGAUAUGUGCGUUCGGUUCGAACGACAGUGGGUUUGGGGUUAUCCAAGUCUGCGCCAACACCUUUGACGCCCCCGCCAUAAACACGAGCGCCAAAGGAAAGAAACGGUCGGCGACAAAGAAACCGGCAGCGGAAAAUAUACAUCUCGAAUUGGUCUCCGAGACCGAGAAGAAGACACAGUUCAAGAGCGGGACGUUUCGGUCGAGCGCUCGGACGUCGACGUUGCCACAUCUCUUGACGGGGGACUUUGAAGGACGCGUGGGGCAGUGGGACCUGAAUAGGACAGAAUUUCCGCUGAGCACGUUCAAGGCACACGAGGAUGUUGUCAAUUGUAUGGAUGGCGCGGGUGCGGUGUCGGGGCGGCCCGAGUUCGUGACAGGAUGUCGGGAUGGUACUGUGAAACUUUGGGAUGCUCGUCAGAACCAUAAGGAAGCCGCGGCCGGUGGUGGGGCAAGUGCGAGCCCGAUCUCGAAUAUCGCGCCCAAGAAGGGCGCCAAGGGACACGAUGUCUGGUGUGUGACUAUGGGGACUUCGAUCGCGGGCGCAGAAUCGGGUGCUGACGAUUUACUCGUCGCGGCGGGAUACGAUAAUGGAGAUAUCCGGGUUCUGGAUCUGAGGAUGGGUCGGCCGAUUUUCGAGAUGAACAUUAAGUUUGGGGUGUGUUCUCUCGAAUUCGACAGGAGGCAUGGAGGGGCGAGGUCAAUGGUCGCCUCGACCUUGGAGGGGACCAUGCAUACGAUCGCGGUCGUGGACGGGGAAUUGUCGUGCGCGCAAGGGAACUGGACUCCGUUAGAGGGGAUUGGUAUGGGAGAGAAUGGUGAAGGUAGUACGCUGUGGCAGGGGAAGCAUGUUCCUCAGCGGCCGGAUAUCUUUGUCGUCACAGACUCUGACGGCAAGAUUCACAUGUUCCAACACGGAGACGUGAAACAACGGAUCAGACCACUCGGAUUCUGCGAUUUCGCAAACGAAGGCGUCCUGUCGCUCGAGUUUAACGAAGACCUAGAAGGAUUCUUUGUAGCAUGCGAUCUCGAUAACCAGCUACGGAUGGGAAUGCUCCUUCUUUGA